CAUGAACGAAUGCCUGUAAGGAAAGCAGCGUUUUUGCAUAUUCUUUUGUUGAAGAAGAAGUUUCUCGAGAAGCAUAUUUUUAGUGGGAUAUUCUUCUUCACUCGCACUAGAUUCCAAAGAAUGGCGGAGGCGAUUCAACCAAAAGCUGAGGAGAAUGAAUAUUUGCAAGAUGUGCACAUCAAUGAGAAUCUCGCCUCUUCGCGAUACGUCCAUCUUGAGCAAAUUCAGUUCAAACGGGGAGAUAAGAUCGUCAAAUGGGAUAUGGCACUUCGGCCGGAUAGCGUUGCGUGUGUCAUUUAUCAUCGCGACAAGAAAUCACUGAUGUUCGUCAAGCAGUUCAGACCUGCAAUUUUCGUGUCACUUGUAAGGAAGAUGCCCGAAAAUCGCGGUAAAGAAAGCAACGCUAUCGACUGGUCAAAAUAUCCGAUCAGCAUUGGUGAAACAAUCGAGCUGUGUGCCGGUCUAAUCGACAAACCAAACCUCAGUGAAGUGGCACACAUGCGUGAGGAGAUCAUUGAGGAGUGUGGUUACGAUGUACCUGAAUCCAGUAUCAGACUGCUGAAAAGAUUUGUCACUGGAAUUGGCGUGUCGGGUUCACAUCAGUUUCUUUACUAUGCAGAAGUUGACGACAGCAUGAAAGUCAGCGAAGGUGGUGGCACAGAUUCUGAACGCAUUCAAAAAGUAUUCAUGACAUUACCCGAAGCUGAACGAUACAGUAUGGCCACUGAAGUGCUGAGUGCACCAGGACUUUUGUAUGGUCUAGAGUGGUUCUUCCACCACAGCAAGUAUUCCUCACACUGA